AUGUUUCCUCAGCUCUCUUCGGACUUUGGCCGGCUGGGCCACUCGGCUGCCAUUCUGCUUGCUCUGGCCAAGGAUCCGGCGGAGACCAUCUGCACCUCUGCGGUCCAGGCGGUCAGCUGCCUCUACAAGAUCCUCUUCAGCCAGAAGGAGCCAACGAAGAGCAAGCAGAAGCGGCUGAGGUGGGCUGUCAGGAGGAGCCCCCGGCAGUCCAAGGAGAAGGCGUGCCCCUCGGCCCCGUCGCUGGUGCAAGAGAGCAUCUGGCACAUGGCCAAGGGCCCAGAGGACCAGCUGUUCUCCACGCAGCUGACCAGUCUCCUGCUCGCUGUUCUGGACAACCUUCGAGGAUCCAACACAGAGACUCUGAGGGCCUCAGAGGAGGUCCUCCAUGCUGUCCUCCAGAACCAUGCCAGGAAGGUCGAACAGGUGAAGGAGGUGGUGGCCGCCAUCUACACUUGUCUCCAGGCCCAUCCAGCCUCCUUCUGGGUCCGGAAGGUGCUGCUGAAGGCCUUGGGAUACCUGCUGCCCUUCCACUUAGAGGAGGUGGUGUGCAGCUGCCUCUCCUUCUCCAUACCUGUCAACAGGCAGGCCAGGCAGCUCUGGACGGCGAUGGCGUCAGGUCCACAGGUGGCCAUGCAAGUCUUGCAGAUCUUGCUGAAGAGCCUCCAGGUCAAGGACCCCCAGGAGAGCAAUGAGGACAUCCUCGCCGUGUCCCUUGCGGCCAUGAAUGUCAUCUAUGAAUGCUUUGGGAUCCCCGAUUACCGUCCAGCCCUGAUGGAAAUGCAGGCCCAGCUCUUCAUCCCGAUGCUGAGCCAGGUCUGCUGUGUGAGACGGCUGGCCUUGCCCAAGGACUUGCAAGCCAGGCAGGAGGACAUCAUGAAGCAGGACCCCAAAGCGCUCACUUUCCGGAGCACAUCGGUGGAGAUCAUCAAGGGCCUCUUCUCACUGGGCAAGGACUGGGCCGUCUAUGCCCGCAUCGAGUUCCAGGCUGGCUGGACGGUGCUGGACACCCCAGGGAAGUUCCUGCAGGGCACCCGCCUGCUGGCAAGGGCCAUGAUGGAGUGCGACAGCCCCCAGAUCCGGGGGGUCUUCUCCGAGGCCGUGUCCAUCCUCAACAAUGAGGAGGAUGAGAUGAAGAAGGUGACAGCUCUGGCCCUCAUGGUCGAGGCUUCGGCCGUGGUUGGCAUGGACUCCCUCCUGGACAAAGGCCAGGACCUGUAG